AAAUAAGUAAAUAGUCGAAUUAUUAUAAAAUAAGCGUGUAAAAAUUGAAUAUUGAAUAAUGAACAUUGAACUGCUAAGAAAAUCUGCAUUGUUUCUUACAAAUCUAAUGAAAUAUUAAUAAAAACCAUGCCUGGUACCGAAUUCAAAUUGAAAUCAUCUGAUGAAAUGCACUAUAGUCAAUAUCAUCAAUUAUUAAGUGUUGAAACAAAAGUACCGGAAGAUUCAAAUUCACAAGAAUUAUCACUAUUAAGUGACAAGACGGAUAUUGCGUCAAAUCAUGUUGAUAAUAAUAAUAAUGAUAAUCAUCGUAAAAUAAUUCUUCAAAAUAGUUAUUUAAAGAUAAUCCUACUAAUAUUGAUUGUUUUAUGUGUUAUAUUUCCAGUGAUUUAUUUUCUAUGUUAUACUUUUAUUCAUUGUAAUACAAAUAAUCUGUUGAAUACAACCGACACUUAUCAUAAUCAAGAUUCAAUAUUUUCAUCAGAUUCAAUGCAAUAUUUAUCAUCUGAAGUCAAUUCAGUCUCCAAUAUUCAUCAUCAUGAUUCCAAUUCCAAUUCCAAUUCACAUUUCAGUCAUUCAUUGAACACAUUGAAUAAAAAUAAAACUAAUUCAAUUGAACAAAAUAAUGCUAAUUUAAACUUUGGUAUUUUUGAUGAACCAAAUGAAGAAGAAUAUGAAAGAGUAGUGAAUUUUUUAAAAUUGAAAUUUAAUAAUUCACUGUAUGCAUUUAGUAAAUUCACUACAGAUAAAUUGUUUCAAAGUAAAACAUGGUCGGAACAAUUAAAAAUGAAUCUUUUAUGGAGUUUAAAUUUACAUAUACCUAAAAAACAAGAACGUUUAAAAUAUUUUAAUGUAUCCUAUAGAAAUGAGGAAAAUUCUAGUGAAUUAGAAAGAUAUGGUAUUGUAAUUAUUUUAUUUGGUUCACUUAAAAUUCCUAAAAUAAAAGAAUAUUAUAUUGGUCCAUUAAAAAAACCGAAAAUAUUGAAACUUUUAAAUGCUUAUCCAUUUUAUAAAAGACCAUUAACUAAUAUUGAAUAUAAUGCUUUAUUGGAUUAUUUAACUAUUCAAACACAUCGAAUUGAUCAUAUAAUUCAAGAUGCUUAUUCAGCAAGUUAUUUUAUGCAUAAACCAUUGAAUAAUUAUUGGUUAUACCGGCAUAAUCAAUCAUGGUUUGAUCAAUUUAAUACAACGAAAUCAUUAUGUCAAAAGUUGAUCAGCAAAAGUAAUAGAGAUAUUAUAGGGAGACCAAAUUGUUUAAUUCCAAUGUUUGCAUCUCCUUUGGUUACAUCAGAAGCACCUGAAAGGCGUCGUGUUUGGAUGAGAUUAUGCAGAGAAGUAACUCCACAUAUACAAUAUCCUGUAGAUAUACAAUUUCAUAUCGAUCAAACAUCAUUGGAACCGGACGAAUGGUAUUUAUUGAAUAUUUGGUUUCAGGGUCAAAUGUUCACAUCUCUAGAAGAACUUAUAAGUAAAUACAGUUCUGGGGAAUUCAAAGUGAUCCGACAUCAAUUUAUAGAUAUGUAUCCUAAUCAAUUAAAGCCGGGACCUAGUCAACAGUCAACACCACAUAUCAGUGAAUCCAUGAAGAGUAAUUCUGAAACAAAUAAUCAUAAAAAUAAUGUAAUUCGCAUAAAUAACCGUCGAAUACAAUAUGAUAAAUGGGAUUUUUAUUUAACACUUAGAAAAGACACAGGACUUCGAGUUUUCAAUGUAUAUUUUGCAAAUAUUAGCUUAAUAUCUGAAGCUGGUCUAGAUGAAACAGUAACAUCAUAUUGGGGUAAAUCCCCAUUUAUGCAAGCAAUGACAUCGUUGGAAUCAAUGUACGGAAUAGGCGGUAUGACUUCAGAACUAAGUCCAGGUUUGGAUUGUCCUGAAAAUGCUAUCUACUUACCAGUAACAUUAAUUAAUUCAGGUGAAACUGGUCCUAAACUAAUAAAAAAUGCGAUUUGUUUAUAUGAAUGGAAAACUAAUGCUUAUGGUGGUCCAGUUAGACGACAUUUUGAAUUUCAUAUUAAUGAACAUUUAGGCAAAAAAGAUGGAGCAAAAUAUACAAAUUUUGGGUUUGGUAUAACAAGUUAUUCAUUAGUUGUACGUACAAUAUCAACAUUAUUCAAUUAUGAUUAUAUAUUCGAUAUAAUUUUCUAUUCAUCUGGUACAAUGGAAUUCUCAGUUACACCAACUGGUUAUAUACAUGUUGAUGAAGAUUUAAAUCCUUUUCAUCAAUCGAAUUCAAAAUAUGGUUUUCCAGCUACAAUCAAUCCAAUCUAUAUGGUUGCUCAUCAUCAUUUAUUUCAUUUUAAAAUUGAUGUUGAUAUUGUGAAUAGAGAGAAUUUUUUUAAAGUAGUAAAAAUAAAUGGACCAUUAACAGAAAAUCAAAUGAUAAAAACUGGCAACUUCCAACCAGUAAAUAAUCAAUCAAAGCAUAAAUUAACUAAUUCCGAAUUGUUAUGGUUAUCUAUUGAUAUACCAAAAACUGAAAUGGAAGCAAGAUUUUCAACGAAGUUUGAAUUUCCCAAACAAUAUUUAAUCUGUUCAAUGGAUUCUAAUAUGAAAAAAUCCGAUAAGAUAAAUGAAUAUUAUUACGAAAAUGACAAAUGUUUAAUAAUUGUUAAUAAAGGUCAGAUCAAAACAAUUUUCAAUGAUGAACAUACAAAAUCUUUUGCAUGGUCCAGACAUCAACUUUAUGUUACUCAACAACAUGACAAUGAAUCAUUUGCAUCGUCAAUUUUCAAUGGUAUUGAUUUAAACUCACCAGUUGUUGAUUUUACAAAAUUCAGUUCAAAUAAUGAGUCAAUAUUCAAUGAAGAUCUUGUUUUAUGGUUGACUGUUGGCAAUUAUCAUUUACCAAGAAAUGAAGAUCUACCGAAUACAGCUACAAGUGGUGGUCCAUUAUCUAUAUUUAUAAUGCCACACAAUUUAUUCACUUAUAGUCCUGAUGCAUUCGCUUGUAAUCGAUUCUAUACCGAUUCGCUGAAUGAAUGGAUUCGAGGACCACAAAUGAAAGAAGAAUGUCCAAUGGAAUCAAUUCCAAUGUUAUAAUGCUUUGAAAAAUUAGUAUAUUAUUUCAUCUGAAAUCAAUGGGAUUUUGAAGGGGAAAACAUUGAAAACAGUUUCAGUGAUAACAUUUGUAAAUAUAUAUAUACAUCAUAAUAAUGAAGUAAUUAGAUU